GCCGCAGCGGCGGUGGCGGCCUCUUCGGCAGCCGCGGGAGACGCCUGGGGUGCCGCCGAUAGCCCCCCACGUGAGCACGCCGCGGGAGCCGCGCCGAGCCUACAGCAGCCCCCGCCGUCACCUGAGGCGUGGCGUCCCGGGGCGCGAGUCCCCGUGGGCCACCCGGAGCAGUCGGGGGCGCUCGGGUCAAGGCCGCGCGGCGGGCAGGAGUCCGUCCCCUGGAGCCACGGGCUCGCUCGCGUCUCUCUGCACGCCCCGGAGGGCUCCGAGGGCAGCGGAGAGGACGAGGACGAAGACGACUGCGACGCCGACUACUACGAAAACCUGCCCGGCGGCUCUCAGCCUGUGCCAGAGCCUGAGGGGGCGGAGGCGGAACGGCGUCCCCCGCCUCCCCCAGCGGCGGGCUCCUCCCCGGGGGCGGAGGGCGGCCGCCUGGAGACAGGCAGGCUGCGGACCCAGUUGCGAGAGGCCUAUUAUCUGCUGAUCCAGGCCAUGCACGACCUGCCCCCUGACUCUGGCGCGCGGCGGGGCGGCGGGGGCUUGGCGGAUCACGGCUUCCCCGCGGGAGCCCGGGCUCCGGGCCAGCCGCCUUCCCGCGGCGCCGCGGACCGCCGAGCCUGCCCCCGAGACUGGGAGCGGGGAGGCGGCAGACGCCCUCUGCAGCAGGUGUCCCCGCCCCGGUCGCCUCAGAGGGAGUCGGGGGGAGGCCAGCUGCGGUCUCCUUGGAUGCGGCUGUCCUGCAGCAGAAGCCUCGAGAGCCUCCGGGUGGGUGCCACGCCGCCUCCCUUCCAGCGGUGGCCGAGCGACAGCUGGAUCAGGUGCGACGCGCACGGGGACUGGGACGAGUCCCCGCCACGUGGAGGUGGGAUGGACUGCUGGAGCGGGGACCGCGCCCAGGCGGCUGCAUCCACCGGCCUCCAGCCUCCAGGCUCCAAGGACCACGGCUGCUCCUCGGGAAGCCCUUUCAGGAAUCCAGCGGGGUCCUCUGUGAUAGGCAGCGGAAAAGGAGACCUCCAGGAAGGUCCCUCCUUCCUCCGGCCGCCUGCAGUGACAGUCAAGAAGCUGCAGAAGUGGAUGUACAAAGGGCGUCUGCUGUCCCUGGGAAUGAAGGGUCGUGCCCGUGGGACGGCCCCCAUAAUCACGGGAACGCAGGCCGCCUCCCCAAAUCUGGGCGCUUUGAAAGUGCGUGAAAACCGUGUCCUGUCGGUGUCUCCAGACCAAAGCAUUAGGCUAACAGAUUUAUUUGAAAAUGCCUAUGGGUCUUCAAUGAAGAGAAGAGAAUCUGAAGAUCUGAAAGAUAAUAUUGAAUUCAGAGCUUACAAGCCACUUAACAGCAUCACUGUUUCAAAGAAACGCAAUUGGCUAUAUCAGAGUACUCUGAGAUCUCUUAAUCUGGAAGAAGAAAAUAAGAAAUGUCAAGGUAGAAGUCAUGUAUCUAUCUCACCUGUGUCUCUACCCAAACAUCAGCUAUCACAGUCUUUCCUCAAAUCAUCUGAAGAGAACUGUACACAUAUGGUAUGUAACCCUACAAACUCUUCAUUAUCGAAAAACUGUUCUUUAGAUUUUAAUGAGGACAAUGAUGCAGAUGAUGAAGGCGAAAUAUGGUACAACCCCAUUCCUGAGGAUGAUGACCUUUGUAUAUCAAGCGCCUUGAGUUUUGGUGAGGCAAACUCUGCUGUUCUGAAGCUCCCUGCUGUCAGUUUGAGCAUAUUGUCUGGCAGUGACCUUAUGAAAGCAGAGCAUUAUACUGAAGACUCGCUGUGCUCUUUGGAACAUACAGGUGAUAUUCAGACCACACAGUCAAAUGGAAUGAAUACUGUAGAUCCUGCCCAUUCCACAGAAUUUGUGCAGCAGUGCAAACAAAGGCUAGGAUACAAGACACAAGAAGGUAUAAUGGUGGAGGACAGUACCAUGUUGAAAUCUCGUUUUGCAGGUUCUGGGAUCCUGGCUGCUACAAAUAGUACUGAAUUGGGAAUCAUAGGACCAUCUUCUCCAAAUCCUAGCCCUGUGAAAAAAGGCAGUUCAAUUAAUUGGUCUUUGCCAGAUAAAAUAAAAUCUCCACGAACUGUGAGGAAACUUUCUGUGAAAAUGAAAAAGUUGCCAGAAUUUAGCCGAAAGCUAAGUGUUAAGGGAACAUUGAAUUAUAUAAACAGUCCAGAUAAUAUUUCUUCUUUGUCUAAAUAUAACUGUCGAGAAAUUCAUCAUAGUGAUAUUCUGCCCUCUGGAAACACAACCACAGCUGCUAAGAGAAAUGUUAUAAGCCGAUACCAUCUUGAUACCAGUGUAUCUUCUCAGCACAGCUACCAGAAGAAAAACUCUAUGAGUUCUAAGUAUUCCUGCAAAGGUGGUUACCUCAGUGAUGGAGACUCACCUGAACUUAUAACUAAAGCUAGCAAACAUGGAUCUGAAAACAAAUUUGGAAAAGGAAAAGAAAUAAUUUCAAAUAGUUGUAGCAAGAAUGAAAUAGACAUUGAUGCUUUUAGGCAUUAUAGCUUUUCUGAUCAACCUAAGUGUUCACAGUACAUAUCUGGGCUCAUGAGCGUACAUUUCUAUGGUGCUGAGGAUUUAAAACCACCUCGGAUAGAUUCAAAAGAUGUCUUUUGUGCAAUUCAGGUAGAUUCAGUAAACAAAGCAAGAACAGCUUUGCUCACCUGUCGAACAACAUUUUUAGACAUGGAUCACACUUUCAACAUAGAAAUUGAAAAUGCACAACAUCUGAAACUAGUAGUAUUCAGUUGGGAACCAACUCCAAGAAAAAAUCGAGUUUGUUGUCAUGGAACUGUUGUUCUUCCCACCUUAUUUAGAGUGACAAAGACUCAUCAGUUGGCUGUCAAACUUGAACCUAGAGGUCUUAUUUAUGUGAAAGUAACCCUUAUGGAACAGUGGGAGAAUUCUCUUCAUGGACUAGAUAUAAACCGAGAACCAAUAAUAUUUGGAGUUGAUAUUCGAAAAGUUGUAGAGAAAGAAAAUCUAGGACUGAUGGUGCCACUUCUGAUACAGAAAUGUAUUAUGGAAAUUGAAAAGAGAGGCUGUCAGGUAGUAGGCCUGUAUCGAUUAUGUGGUUCGGCAGCAGUCAAGAAAGAACUUCGAGAUGCUUUUGAGAGAGAUAGCAAAGCUGUUGGUCUGUGUGAAAACCAGUACCCAGAUAUAAAUGUAAUAACAGGUGUUCUUAAGGAUUAUUUAAGAGAACUUCCUUCUCCUCUGAUAACAAAGCAGCUUUAUGAGGCUGUAUUAGAUGCAAUGGUAAAAAGUCCUUUGAAAAUGUCAUCGAAUGGUUGUGAGAAUGACCCAAGUGACUCCAGGUACACUGUUGACCUGCUGGAUUGUCUCCCUGAGAUUGAGAAGGCAACCCUAAAGAUGUUGUUGGAUCAUUUGAAAUUGGUGGCUUCUUAUCAUGAAGUGAAUAAGAUGACGUGCCAGAAUUUGGCUGUAUGCUUUGGACCAGUAUUAUUAAGUCAGAAGCAAGAGCCUUCCACCCAUAACAACAGAGUCUUUACUGAUUCAGAAGAACUUGCAAGUGCUUUGGAUUUUAAAAAACACAUUGAAGUUCUUCAUUACUUACUCCAACUUUGGCCAGUGCAGCGUUUAAAUGUCAAAAAAUCAACAGACAGUUUACUCCCAGAGCAGAAGUCUUCUCUGAAUUAUUUGAGGCAGAAGAAAGAACGACCUCUCAUGUUAAAUUUGAGUGGUACUGAUUCAUCAGGAGUACUUAGGCCAAGGCAGAACCGAUUAGACAGUCCACUUAGCAAUCGUUACGCAGGAGACUGGAGUAGCUGUGGAGAAAACUACUUUUUAAAUACAAAAGAAAAUUUAAAUGAUGUGGAUUAUAAUGAUGUCCCUUCAGAAGAUAGAGAAAAUGGAGAAAAUUAUAGCAAAAUGGAUGGGCCAGAAGUAAUGACUGAACAGCCAGUUCCCAUGUCCAAAGAGUGUACAUGUCAGACAUAUUUGACAAUGGAGACAAUUGAGUCUACAGUGGAUCGAAAAGACAAUCUCAAAGAUCUACAAGAAAGUAUUGAUACUUUGAUUGGAAAUCUGGAACGUGAGCUAAACAAAAACAAGCUUAAUAUGAGUUUUUGAGAUUGAGGGUAUUUUUGUUUUUUUGUAAUGUCUUAGUUUCAAAUCUGUCUUU